AUGUCGACCAUGUUUACAGUCCUCAAAGGCUCCCCCACCGGGAAGAUUAUUGAGAGCCAGACCACAACUCCGGCUCUGCUCAGUCAUCAAGUUUUCAUAAAGAACACUCAUUCUGGAGUGUGUGAUACUGAUGCCCACUACCUUCACUCGGAUAUGGUGCUAGGCCAUGAAGGCGACCGAGUCGGGAUUGGAUACGUCAAAGACGGAUGCGGAAAAUGUCAGUAUUGCCUGUCGGGUUAUACCUGGCACUGUGUCGAAGGCGUCCACGCAUUCGGCCUCCCAGAUUUCGACCCAGGGUCCUUCGCAACUCACAGCGUGUGGCUAGAAACACGGUUGGCAAUCAUUCCCGAUGAGAUCUCAAGUGUUGAUGCUGGCGGGGAAAUCAACCCCUCUGAUUGUGUUGGUAUUGUUGGCAUUGGCGGCCUGGGCCACCUUGCCAUUCAAUUUGCAGCUGCUUGGGGCUGCACCGUUGUCGUGUUCUCGAGGUCGGACAGCAAGAAACAGGAGGCUUUCAACUUCGGCGCCACCGAAUUCUACAAUACUUCGACUUUGAAGCCUGCUGAUGUCUCACGUAAAAUCGAUCAUCUGUUGGUAACCACCAGUGCUGUGCCAGAUUGGCAGCUAUACACAGAGCUAAUGGCACCGUUCGGCCACAUCUACCCGCUCACCGUAUCCCAGGGCAGCCUUGAGUUUCCCUACAUGGGCAUGAUAGCAAAAGAGUUGUCAACCCACGGAAGCUGCUCGUCCACACCGGCCGAAGUUGAAAUAAUGCUGCAAUUUGCAGUGAGACACAGCAUCAAGCCUACAGUUGAGAGAUUCCCAAUGACUGUAGAUGGAGUCACCAAGGCGUUUGAGAGGCUGGAGAAUGGGAAUCUGCGGUACCGAGGCGUACUCGAGCUUUGA